GCGAGUUCCUCCGAGUCAGGAGCCAUUAGCCCGAGAGGCUGGAGCGCCCAGCGCGGGGAGCCGGAGCCGGAGCCGGAGCCCAGCCCGCGGCGGAGGGGCCCGAGCUGCCGCCGGGCGCCCUGCUCAGGUGUUUUCAAGCUGGGAUGAGCAUCUCCCCCGCCACCUGGCACUCUGGAGCAGUUAUUUAAUCUCCCCAAGCCACCCAUCUCUGUCCGGAUUUGUGUCCGGGAGCAGGAUUGGCUCCAGGCUGUUUUCCCCCUGGCACCAUGGAUUCCUCAGCUGCUCUGGCUUCUGCUCCUCCUUCUUCAGCUCCCUCUGGGUCCCGGAGCCCGAUGUUUUCCUCAGGAGCCGACCGAGAGGAGUGGGGACCUAGGUUCAACUGUGCCCCUUCCACUUCUGCCGCGGCCUCCCAGGGGUUGGCCGCAUCUGGCCGGAAGAGGAAAGCCAACUUCUCCAACGAUGAGACAGAGACUCUGGUCUGGAACGUGGUUCGGCACUUCAGCGCCCUCUACGGCUCCGAAUCCCUCCGAGCUCACCCUGUGCGGCGGAAGCAGCUGUGGACCCAGAUCCAGAGCCGGGUCAACUUCCUGGGCUACACCGAGCGCUCCAUCGAUGACCUCAAGCACAAGUGGCGAGACCUUCGGCUGGACGUCAAGAAGAAGAUCACCUCCAAGAAGCAUCCCCCUAUGAACAGGGCAGGGGGGCCUCUCCACAAACCCCGCCUCACUCCCCUGGAGAAGAUGGUGGCCUCCACCUUCUUACAGGCCAGCCAUGAUUCAGAGCCCGAGAUCAUCUUUGAUCCCGACUUGUUCUUCCCAGGUGCGUCCAAGCAAUCGAUCAUGUCCUUCCAGCCUGCAGUCAGCCACCCCAGCAUCUACAUAGACACCAAUGGGCAGCCCUCCUCUUUGCCUGAUGUGGAAGGUUCCGCUGUGCCCCGGCUCGCAGUCCAGAGUCCAGACCCUUCUGUGAUCUGUGAAUACAGCCGAGGCGAGGGGCAGAGCAGCUCAGCUGAAUCAGGGCCGGAGCUGCGGACUCCAGAGAUGUCGGCAAUGUCCCCGCCUCUGAGAAAUGAGUCCCUCGUCUCCUACGCCUCUAUGUCGGAGGAGGAAGAGCGGGAAGGCCAGGAGGUGGACGGGUGCCCCGGUGCAGCGAUGGGCCUUCAGCCUGGCCCGGAGCCCCAGCUGUCGGCAGAGGACAGCGCGAAGGCAUCCCGGCAGGCCAUGCUCAUCCGCCGGUGCAAUUCCCAGGGCUCCAUGAGCUCCCUCCCCGAGGACACGCUCAAUCACGUGGACGCUCACGCAGACUGGGCCCACGAAGGGGUCUCUGACAUCCCCUCCUUGGGCAGGGUGCUUGACGCCUCCCAGCCGGAAGAGGAGGAGGGCAGCCAGGGCCCUGAGGUGGGCUCCUUGCCCAGGGUACUGAUGGGGCCCACGUGGGAGAAGCAGCAGCAGGAGGAGGAGCAGCAGCAGCAGCAGGGGCGCUCCCCACUGCAUGGCGCGCUCACCGAGGAGUCCCUGCCCUCCUCCGCCUCACCUCAGGAGGACCAGCCCCCCGCCCCGGUGCCACCGCCGCGGGGCCUGGGCUGCUCUUGGCUGCGGGAGGGCAGGAGGGAGAGCUGGAGGACUAACAUCCACCGCCUGCUGGACCUGGAGGAGCAGUGGGACCAGCUGUACCACCAGGAGCUGGCCAUGUGGCAGGAGGAGCGGGCCACGCAGCGCGAGGAGCGGGCGCGGGACAGGGAGCUGCAGUUCCGCCUGCUGGGCGUCCUGACGGACAUCCGGGACGAGCUGCGCUACCUGCGGCAGGAGCGGGCCAGCGCGCGCCAGAGCCAGGCCCCGCCCGCUGAGGCGGGGCCCGAGGCCAGCGGGCUCUUAGACCAGCCACCCAAAGUGGAAGUCAGCUUCCCCGGGCCGACCCUGGGCAGCGCCGGCUGGGGGGAGAGCGCCAUGGCCAGCAGGAACCCCUAUGGCAGCCGAGGGCGGGGGCGGCGCCGGGGACGGCCGCGCGGCUCCGCCUCCAAACACAGACGCCUCUUCCUGACCAAUAGCUAGGAGCGGCUGGGGGCUGUCAAUUCCAGUGACGGACAUGGUGUGUGGACAGCCCUCCCGGAGCCUGGGGUCGAGCGCACGGGGUGGGCACGCAGCAUGCGCCUGGACAUGGAAGGGCAGGCUUGAGUGUUGGGGGGGAUGCGUGCGACGGGGGCUGUGUGUGUGUGCUGGAGGUGUGUGUGAGGGGGAGAGAGAGAGGCAUCUGGGAAUAUGCCUGGUGUGCAAACGCAUCGGUGCAUGUGUGUGAGCUGGGGAGUUGAGCGUGCCUGUGUAAGUUUGACAGGUGUGGGUGCAGUUUGAGCAUCUGUGCACCAGCACCUGUUGGGGGAGGGUAUGUGGGGGGAAGUGUGCAAGCCUGUGGUGUGUGUGUCUGUGAGAAUGGUGUGUGAAUGCAUGGGCUGCAGGUGUGACUGCAGCUGUGUGUGUGUGGGUGAAUGCAUGUGCUUGUGAACUUGCAGCUGCAAAUGUGUAAGCAAUGCACAGGUGUGAGCAUGUGGCAUGUGUACAGGAGGGCUCUGCAGGGCUGGUGUGCAGUGGGGAGUGUAUGAGGCUGCAGUGUUGUGUGUCUGAGUGCAGGCGGGGAGCAUAUACUGCAUUCUGCGUGUGCACAUGUGAGUCCAGUGUGUCUGAAUGAGGCAGCCAUGUGGCAGGAGAACGGGAAGGUGAGUGUGAGUAGCCCUGGGAGGCUGUGAUUGGUUGGCAGGGAGCAUGGGGGGGGUUUCUGUGGCACGAGCGUGAGCAUGUGUGUUAGUGCAGCUGGGAGUGUUAGUGCACAGUCCACAUACACAGGAUGUGUGUGCACACAGCUGGAUGUCCAUGCCCAUGUGGGAGUGCCAGCUAUGGCAACGGUUGAGUGCAGGGCAUGCAGGAGGGGCAUGUAUCAGGCACGCUGUGUGGGUGUGAGGGGUGUGAGUGACUGACUGUGAUUGCACCCCAAGAGGUGCGUGCACAGGAGUGUGUGACUGCCCGGCAGGGCACGUUGAGGGCACAGGGACAAUCAGGCAGCAGCGCACUUGUACAAGCAGGAGCGGCUGGGGGUGGAGGCUGAACGCACGGGGAGGUGAGUCCGAACAGCAGUGGGAGGGUGCGUGUCUGUUGUGCAUU